AUGGCGUCCUCGGGGUCCAACACCAUUAAGGUGGUUGCCAGAUUCCGCCCCCAGAACAAGGUUGAAUUGGCCUCCGGUGGCAAGCCAGUCGUUGGAUUCGAGAGCGAGGAGUCAUGUAUUAUCAACUCAAAUGAGGGCACUGGCUCCUUUACCUUCGAUCGGGUAUUUCCUAUGGACACAGCCCAGGCCGAUAUCUUCGACUUCUCGAUCCGCCCAACCGUCGACGAUAUUCUAAAUGGUUACAAUGGAACGGUGUUUGCGUACGGUCAGACCGGUGCGGGAAAGUCGUACACCAUGAUGGGUUCCGAUAUCGAUGACGAUGUGGGCAAGGGUGUUAUCCCCCGUAUUGUCGAGCAAAUCUUCGCCAGUAUCUUGACGAGUCCGAGCAAUAUCGAAUACACCGUGCGGGUCAGUUACAUGGAGAUUUACAUGGAGCGGAUUCGCGAUUUGCUGGUGCCGCAGAACGACAACCUACCGGUUCACGAGGAGAAGUCCCGUGGAGUCUACGUCAAAGGAUUGCUGGAGGUGUACGUCUCCAGCGUGCAAGAGGUCUACGAAGUGAUGCGCCGGGGUGGAAAUGCUCGAGCGGUGGCCGCAACCAACAUGAACCAGGAGUCGUCGCGAUCGCACUCGAUUUUCGUCAUUACCGUCAGCCAGAAGAACGUGGAGACGGGAUCGGCCAAGAGCGGCCAGCUCUUCUUGGUGGAUUUGGCUGGUAGUGAGAAGGUUGGCAAGACGGGAGCCAGUGGUCAAACUCUGGAGGAAGCCAAGAAGAUCAACAAGAGUUUGAGUGCGCUGGGCAUGGUCAUUAACGCUCUCACCGAUGGAAAAUCGAGUCACGUUCCCUACCGUGAUUCGAAGCUCACUCGUAUCCUGCAGGAAUCGCUGGGUGGUAACUCUCGAACCACUCUGAUUAUCAACUGUUCGCCCAGUAGCUACAACGACGCAGAGACCAUCUCGACUCUGCGGUUCGGUGUUCGUGCCAAGGCUAUUAAGAACAAGGCCAAGGUCAAUGCCGAGCUUAGCCCUUCGGAGCUUAAGCAGCUUUUGCGCAAGGCUCAGACUCAAGUGACCAGCUACGAGACCUAUAUAUCCGCUCUGGAGGGAGAAGUCAGCCAGUGGCGCAGUGGAGACAGCGUCCCCAAGGACCACUGGACUCCAGCUCGGGGCAACGAAAUCGUGAAUGCUGCAAAGGCUGAAUUCCGCGGACCUCGACCGGGCACCCCAUCCCGUCUGCAGGAGACUGCUCGCUCAGAAACACCUCGCCCCGAUUCUCGCGUGGGUGAUCGCUCUAGCACGCCCAGCCUGGUGCUGGAGAAAGACGAGCGCGAGGAGUUCCUUCGCCGGGAGAAUGAAUUGCAGGACCAGAUCGCGGAGAAGGAAACUCACAUUGCCAAUGUUGAGCGUAGUCUUCGUGAUGUUCGGGAGGAGUUGAAGUCGUUGAAGGAGAAUGCUGGAAGCUCGGUCAAAGACAACGAGCGUCUGGGUUCUGAAGUCAACGAGCUUCGCAUGCAGUUGGAGAAGGUGUCGUAUGAGAGUAAGGAGGCGGGCAUCACGAUGGAUGGCCUGCGGGAAGCCAACGCGGAGCUGACCGGUGAGCUGGAUGAGGUGAAGCAGCAGCUCCUGGACGUCCGCAUGAAGGCUAAGGAGACCACCGCGGCGUUGGAUGAGAAGGAAAAGAAGAAGGCGGAGAAGAUGGCCAAGAUGAUGGCUGGCUUUGAUCUUGGUGACGACUUGUUUUCCACAAAUGAGCGCAAGUUGCAGGGUUGGAUCUCACAUGUCAAAUCUCUUCACGAGGUGAGCGCUGCCGGGGGCACGAUUGCGCCUGACGAUCUUCUUGAGCUGGAAACUGGUCUUCUGGAAACGCAAGGAAUUAUUCGACAAGCUGAGCUCACUAUGAAUGACCGAGGCGAAUCUGGCGCGGGGCAGGACAGCCGUUACGCCGAGCUGUUGAAGGAGUUCGAUGGCUUGCUCCGUGAUUACGAGGAAUCUGUCACCCGCAACGUGGGUGAAGGGGAUGUGGAAGAGGUUCUCCAACGCGUGGAGAAGGUCUUUGACCGCCGAAAGGAGGUUGAGACCGCCGCUAUCGAACACCUUCAAAUUCAGAUCACCCAGAAGGACGAGGAACUCAACAAGAUGCGACAAUCGGUACCGCAGAACAAGAACGGAAACUCGACCUACCGCGCCGUUGCCGACGAUCUGGAGCAGCGGAUUGCCGAAUUCGACGCCAUGAAGAAGUCGCUUAUGCGUGAUCUCCAGAACCGUUGCGAACGGGUCGUCGAGCUUGAAAUCUCCCUGGAUGACGCACGCGAGCAGUACAACAACGUGCUGCGUUCCUCCAACAGCCGCGCCCAACAGAAGAAGAUGGCCUUCCUCGAACGCAAUUUGGAGCAGUUGACGUCUGUUCAGCGUCAGCUGGUGGAGCAGAACAGUCUGUUCAAGAAGGAGGUUGCUAUCGCAGAGCGGAAGCUGCUUGCACGAAAUGAUCGCAUUGCCAGCCUUGAGAGCUUGCUCCAGGAGAGCCAGGAGAAGUUGACUCAGGCCAACCACCGAUUCGAAGCCCAACUCACUGCCGUGAAGGAGCGCCUGGAGGCUGCCAAGCAGGGCUCCACCCGAGGCCUCCCCGAUGGCAAUGGGAGUUUCAGCUUUGGAGGAUCGCGCAUUGCGAAGCCACUGCGUGGCGGGGGCGGGUCGGACGGGCCGGCGAAUGCGAACAUCGCGGGCGUGCAAUCGCAGGAGGCAUCGGGCAAGCGCUCGAGCUGGUUCUUCGACCGUAAAUGA